UCCUCUUCGCGAAGGACAGGCUCGACACGUUUGUCACAGAGCUGUGUCAGUUUUCUUUCAAUGUUACUACUACUUUUUUCACAUUAUGAAGUCUCCUCAUUCGGAUGAAAGCAGGCUGCCCAAGGAGACCUCUCACACGGACCAGGGCUCGUCCUUCACACCUUCAUGGGAUACAUCAAGGCUAAGAUGGCACUCAGACUUUUCUGCAUAAUAAUUCUAGUAUAUCCUACUAGCUCAACUUUUGGCUUCGAUCAUGCUUUCAGUAUCUGGUAGCUAACAAGAAUAGAGGAGGGACUGCGAUGACUGCCAUCUUGAUGUCAUCACACCACCUCUUCUUGAAAGUAGCACAUUUUGGAGGUGUGUUCAAUCAAUCCUUUGCUGCAGCAGCCUGCAUGCUUAACAGCUGCAACUAGGCUAUCAAAACAGGUCUCAAUUGAAUACUAUAGUUAUCAGCUGUAGAUUGAAGGCUGAACAGCUGUGGAAGUGAAUGGUCAUCUCUAACGGUUACAUAAAAAUGGAGAAAGGAUAAAAAUGGAAGGAGGAUUUGUGACCCAUAACUAGACAGUACCUCUGGAAAGUGCUCUGGCUGCUUGGCAAGAGAUAGGAUGUCCUGGGUGCCCAGUAUCUCCUCAGACUGACCCCCCUAUAUCAGCAGAUGAAGAUGAAAAUGGAAGGCGUUUGGAUUCAGAGAUACCGGAAGCAGCUUGUGAGAUCGAUCUCGGGGCCCUUCCUGGAGAACAUUGUGAGUCACUUGAGGAAGCUGGAGCUCAUCAGCCGUGACGAGGCCUCGCAGAUCCAGGAGGCCGGGCUGCUCUGUGAGAAGGUGCGGACUGUCAUCGACAUCCUGGCCGGGAAGGGAACCCUGGGCUCUGAGACCCUCCAGGCCUUCAUCGAGACCACCAACUCCCAGCUGUACCUGCUCAUCACCCUCUACGACCCAAUGGUUCAGAAACACGUGGAGGUUCUGCAGAGCCGAUACGGGACCUGGAUGGAGCAGGGGCUGCUGUCAGAGAAGCCGUCCCUGGACCGACUGAACAGCCUGCUGCUGGUGGAGGGGCUCUCGGACCUCCAGCAGAAGGAGCAUGACGUCAUGCAGAUCGAGGCCACCAAGGGCACGGUGAGGCAGAGUGCCAAGCCCAUCGCCCUGGAGAAGCUGCUGCAGCCCGUGACCAGGGUGAGCAUACCUCCUCGCAUCCUGCUCACAGUGGGGGUGGCCGGCGUCGGGAAAAGCACGCUGCUCAGGCUGUUCAUCCACCGCUGGGUGAAGGGUGAGAUCUACCCGGACGUGAGCUUCGUGCUUCCAUUCACCUUCUGGGAGCUGAACACUUAUGAGAAGCUGUCAGCCGAGCGGCUGGUCAGGUCUGCAUUCCCCCAUGUGGCGGAGUCCGGUCACAUCUUCAACGGGACGGCCCGGGUCCUCCUGAUCUUCGACGGGCUGGACGAGUUCAAGCCCACCCUGGAUUUCUCGGACACGAUGGCCUGUACCGACCCCAAGAAGGAGGUGCCCGUGGACAACCUGAUCACCAAUAUAAUCCGGGGAAACCUGUUCCCGGAUGCGUCUGUCUGGCUGACCUCUCGGCCCACAGCGGCGGCUCAGAUCCCUGGGGGCCUGGUGGACAGGAUGACGGAGAUCCGAGGCUUCACCAGGGAGGAAAUUCAGGAUUUCCUGAACCAGCUUUUCCAGGACGGAGAGCUGUCCUCCCGAGUGCGGUCCCACUUGAACUCCAGCAAGGUCUUCAAUGUGAUGUGCUACAUGCCCUGCACCUGCUGGAUCGUGGGCUCCACCCUCGGCUACCUCCUCAGGAGUGGCACCCAGGACGGACAGGGCUUGCCCAAAACCUGGACUGAGCUGUACUCUUACUUCUUUAAGAUGGUGGCAGAAGGGGAUUUGCAGACCAAGGACAAGGAACCCCUGAAGAUUGAACAAGCCUUCGGCAACAGCAGGAAGCUGAUGGCAAACCUGGGGAAGCUGGCCUUUUACGGGCUGAUCAAGAGGAAGUUCACUUUCUACGAGCAGGACAUGAAGGCCUACGGAAUCGACCUGCCCUCGCUCCAGGGCAGCCUAUGCAGCCGCGUCCUUGUCAAGGAGGACUCGCCGGCCUGCACCGUUUACUACUUCGCCCACCUCACCCUGCAGGAGUACCUGGCUGCCACCUUUUACUACACGGCUGCCAAGCGGGCCAUCUUUGACCUCUUCACCGAGAACGGCAUGUCCUGGCCCAAGAUCGGCUUCCAGAACCACUUCAAGAACGCCCUGCAGAGGGCGCAGCAGUCCGAAGAUGGCCAGCUGGACGUCUUUGUCCGCUUCCUGUCGGGGCUUCUCUCCCCACAUGUGGUCAAGCCCCUCUCGGGACUCCUGCUGCUAGCCAGGGACGAGCACAGCGGGUACCGAGGUCCUGCCAUAUCUCUCCUGCAAGGCUGCCUCAGCACGGGCUACACCGUCUCCCUCCGCGCCGUCAACGUGAUGCACUGCCUGCAGGAGCUUCAGCACACAGAGCUGGCGCGCACCGUGGAGGAGUCGCUCCGCAACAGCAGCCUGGCGGGCAAGCUCACCUCCGUCACCUGCUCGGUGCUGGCCUACCUGCUGCAGGUGUCUGAGGAGUGCGCGGAGGAGACCAACCUCUCCAACUGCCUGAACUACAGCAUUGUCAAGAGCCUCCUGCCCCAGCUCCUGUACUGUAACAACCUCAGAUUGGAAAAUAACAAUUUCAAAGAUGAUGUCAUGGAUUUGCUGGGCAGCUUGCUGAGUGCCAAGGACUGUCACAUUCAGAAGAUCAGCCUCGCUGAGAAUUCCAUCGGCAACAAAGGAGCCAAAGCCAUCGGCCGGUCUCUGAUGGUGAACAGGAGCCUCGCUGCACUCGACCUCCACAGCAAUAACAUCGGGCCGAAGGGAGCAAAGGCACUGGCAGACGCAGUCAAGAUAAACCAAGGGCUUGUGUCGCUCAACCUCCAGAACAACUGCAUUGGAGAAGAGGGGGCCAAGGCAGCAGCGGAGAUCUUACUGUCCAACCGCAACCUCUGCACCCUGCACCUGCAGAAGAACUCCAUCGGCCCGGAAGGAGUGAAGCGCAUUGCAGAAGCACUGAAGAACAACAGGAGCCUGAAAGAACUCAUGCUCUCCAGCAACCAGCUUGGAGACAAGGGUGCGAUUGCACUGGCGAAGGCACUGAAACAGAACCACAGCCUCACUGCUCUGGACCUCCAGAGCAACUCGAUCAGCAACAAAGGGGUGACGGCACUCACCGAGGCUCUCAAACACAACAGGGGACUGAUCGACUUGAAUCUUCGUGAGAAUUCAAUAGGGGUGGACGGUGCGAAGGCGAUCGCCAUUGCACUACGAGAAAACGACACGCUGAGAAACCUCGAUUUGACAGCUAACCUGCUGCACGAUGAGGGAGCCAAGGCCAUCGCAGGAGCAGUGAAGGUGAACCGGACCCUCACCUCCCUGCAUCUCCAGUGGAACUUCAUCAAGUCGAAAGCUGCGAAAGCCCUGGCUCAAGCACUACAGUCCAACAGCAGUCUCCAGAGUCUUGACCUGCAGGAGAACUCCAUUGGGGAUGAGGGGAUGGUAGCCCUGUCAGGUGCUCUCAAGACCAACACCGCCCUCACCACGCUCUAUCUGCAGGGAGUGUCGACGGGUGUGAUUGGAGCCAUUGCCCUGGCAGAUGCACUGAGAGUGAACAAGACCCUGCACACUCUUGACCUGCGUGGGAAUUCCAUCGGGAUGGAAGGAGCCAAAGCAAUGUCCAACGCACUAAAAAUAAAUGGCACGCUCAGGUCUCUAAAUCUUCAGGAGAACUCACUGGGGAUGGAUGGAGCCAUAUUUAUUGCUAAAGCCCUCACUGGAGACCAUCGUCUCACCUAUAUAAAUCUUCAAGGUAACUCGAUCGGAGAAUCUGGGGCGAAGAUGAUUUCUGAUGCCAUCAAAACGAAGUCGCCCAACUGCGUGGUGAAGAUCUGAACCAGGCUGGACGACCUUGUGGCUUCGGUUAGGAGGUUCUGUCCUGGGAUCCCUCAGAUUAAGUCAAGUCUUAUCUGCUGGCUGAUUCGGUAGGGGUACCUGGAAUCAGUUCUGCUUGGUCUCAGCUCAGGGAAAGCAUGGAAAGGACGGGACCCUCAUAGCCAUAGACCCGGGUUGGAGGUGUAUGUUGAUGGGCAGCCCGAAUGCUUCACAAGCCUGCUCUGAGAAUAGACUGAGAACUUCAGUUCCCAAGUUUUAUGACUUUUAUCAUUUGUUAACUUCCCUCCAUCACUCACAUACAAAGACGCACCUUUAAGGCGCUGAAAGCAACUUGGCAGACCUGGUUCACUGUCCGGGCGAUAGAGCAGCUCCCUCCGGAAUGACUGCUAUAUAGCCUCAGGCUGUCCCAUUAUGAGAUACCUUCCAACACUGCCUGUGUGGGACAGAGAGCAGCAGAGGAUGGAGGAGCUCAUCCUGCACUCCUACUCAAAAACUCCAGCAAGCGUCAUUAUCAUUGAGAGAGAAGUCCCUGUGCAAGCCACAGAGCUCAGUCUGUAAAUCUUAUCAGCACAACCAGAACAGAAGCAAUUCCCAUUGGGUGUUAUUGUUACAGUUAUUAAUGCUGUCACCUUUACAUUUUAUGUGCUGGUGUAUUGAAUAAAAAAUACCUUUCAAUUGGGCAUUAGACAUGGUUUCACAUUGUAUUAUAAAAAGGCAGUGUGUCUGCCUCCAAGUAUUAAUUUGGCAUGAAGUGCGGUCAGGUGCAUCUUUCUAGUUUCUUAUCAGGAGCAUGCAUACCGCUGCUGGCGCACUAGUUUAAAAAAAAAAAAAAGCCUAAUUCUUUUAAUAUAAAUAAGAUCUACAAGGCUAAGGUUUUUCCCCCCCAGGAAUGUAAUAUAGAAAAGGUGGGCAUCUUCUGUAUUUUU